AAGUUACCAAACUUUCUGUCACUUUCUCUCUCUUCCCUCAAUUUUCUCCCCCUCAAUUUUCUCUCUUCCCAAACACCUCUUUCUCUCUCUCUGACAAAAAGCUUCUGCAACUCUCUACAGCCUUAGCCUGUUUCCUUCUCUUCACUUUGAUUUGUCCAUUUCUCACCAAAAGCUUCCCCCCACUUUUGAUUCUCUCCCUCUCUCUCUCUAUCCACUCCUGAUUUUGAUCAUGCUUCAGAGCUUAGUUACUCAAUCUCCAUUACCCAACACUUCUAAUCCAAUCUCUGACCCUUCUACUUCCUCCUCGUCGAUGAAGGCCAAGCGCGUUGAACGUGAACAUCCCACCGCCGAUGAAACCGUCUCCGAAGACCCCUCCACCAAAAGGCCUAACUCAGGUAGGAAUUUCUCCGAUGACGCCACAGUUUCCGGCGAUAAGGCGAUCAACGAUCAAGACGAGGAACUCGUUGUCGAGGGUGAGUCGAGCGGUCUGAGGCUCCUCGGUCUUCUCCUUCAAUGCGCCGAGAGCGUAGCCAUGGAUAACCUCAACAACGCUGGCGACCUUCUCCCGGAGAUUGCCGAGCUCUCGUCGCCUUUUGGAACGUCGCCGGAGCGCGUCGGAGCUUACUUUGCGCACGCUCUUCAAGCGCGUGUGAUCAGCUCCUACUUGGGAAGAUACUCGCCGCUGACUACCAAAACCCUAAACCUAACUCAGUCCCAUCGGAUCUUCAACGCUUUGCAGUCUUACAACUCUAUCAGCCCCUUGGUGAAGUUCUCCCACUUCACGGCUAACCAGGCGAUCUUCCAGGCACUGGACGGCGUGGAUCGCGUCCACGUCAUCGAUUUGGAUAUAAUGCAAGGUCUCCAAUGGCCAGGAUUGUUCCAUAUCCUGGCCUCUCGGUCGAGGAAGAUCCGGUCCAUGAGAAUCACCGGGUUCGGAUCCUCCACCGAGUUGCUCGAGUCAACCGGGCGGAGACUGGCCGAUUUCGCGAACUCACUCGGUCUUCCGUUCGAAUUCCACCCGCUAGAGGGGAAAAUCGGGAGCAUCACCGAUCCGAGUCAACUCGACGUAAGGCCGAACGAGGCCACCGUGGUCCACUGGAUGCACCACUGCCUGUACGACAUCACAGGAAGCGAUUUAGGGACUUUGCGACUGUUGACUUUGCUGAGACCCAAGCUGAUCACCAUAGUGGAACAGGACCUCAGCCAUGGCGGAAGCUUUCUGGGCCGGUUCGUCGAGGCCUUGCAUUACUACAGCGCGUUGUUCGACGCGCUCGGAGACGUAUCGGGUGCGGACAGCCUAGAGAGACAUAUGGUGGAGCAGCAGUUGUUUGGGUGUGAGAUUAGGAACAUCGUGGCCGUGGGUGGGCCCAAGAGGACUGGCGAGGUUAAGGUGGAUAGGUGGGGGGAGGAGCUUAAACGGGUCGGAUUUGAACCCGUUUCGCUUGGCGGUAACCCGGCCGCCCAGGCUAGCUUGUUGCUGGGGAUGUACCCAUGGAAAGGGUACACAUUGGUGGAGGAAAGUGGGUGCUUGAAACUGGGUUGGAAGGACUUGUCUCUGUUGACCGCAUCAGCUUGGCAGCCGUCUGAUUGAAAUACUUUUCUUCUUUUUUAUUUUAUCAUUGAUCGUGGUCGGUUUUUUCGAUGGUAAUUAUUCGAUCAUAUCAAUAUUCUUGAUGGGUAUGAUUGAGAUUGUUCAUCCAAUUUGGUGGGAUGAAAUGAGGAUGGAUCAGGGCCGUUGAUAUGCAUAUGAUGAUGAUGGUGGUGGUGGUGGUGGUGGUUUUUAAGAUAACUUGAUGAUCUCAUCAUGGCUUUGAUGCCACUUUGUUACUAUUUAAGGAAUUGUCUCGUUCCUUAUGGUACCCCCUUAAAUCUUCUCCAAACGGGAUUUUGAAUGUUAAAAAAAAACAGGUUAUAAUUUUGGUUGUAUAAUUCUUUCAAGGAGAACAUUUGUAAUUACUUUUUGUCUUUUAUUUUUGAAAGAGAAAAAAAAAGAAAAAGUAAGAUGGAAGGAGAUGGGAGAAAUGACCUCUUGUUUUUGGAGUUAGUUCAUGGAUCUAUAGGUGCUGAAUUCAAAGUGAUGUUCCUUGGUAUAUAUUUUUUUUAAUGGAUGCCAUUGUUUGAUUCGUUAGAAACUA